GGAGAGCUGUGAUCCAGACAGCGAAUCACAUGAGCAGGGAUCUGUUUACAAACUGAACUGAGCAGGAGAGUAGUCAUCGGCACCAUUACGUGGAGGCAGGGCUGGUGGAUAAGGCAACAGGAAACACACAGGAAGCUCAUCACUUUGUAUGGAGGACACAUUUUAUAUCCUUAGAAUUUUCAAAGCGGACAAGCCAGACCAGAUGGCGUGAGGAAGAGACACAGCCCGAUGCCUCUCCCAGCUUGAACGGGGCGCAUUUACAACGUCUAGCUCUGACGGCUGUGUGCCACAGCUCUUCCUUUCCUUUGUUACCGGGGAAAACGCUUGAUUGUAGCGUGAGGGCGAUAAUCUUGAGGGAGACAUAGCAAAGCAAGAAGACUAGAGGAAGUGGCUGACGGCAGCAGAGGAAGGGGAGUUUUUGGGAGAAUAAAGCUCAGAUUAUUCAUCCGGUUUUGAGUGAGGAGAUCAGCCCACUCUUUUGGCCCAGUUUCAACAGUUUCCUUGGACACAAGUUACUGGAUUAUUUGGUAUAGUGGAGCAAUCUAGCGCCUGUUUUCCUGAAUCUUUUUUCAACGGAUGCCUGUGUGAUCCAGACUUACAGAUUCCUGACAAAUUCUGCAAAAUGACUACAGACAUCAGCGGUCGUCUUCCACUCAAUGUCUAUGUAAUCAUCCUUGGGAUAGGCCUCUUCAUCUUCAUGUUGAGUAUGAUCUUCUGUUGCUACCUGUUCAGAUUGAGGCGACAGGGCACACAGGAACAAUAUGGCUAUAAUGAGGUUGUUUUAAAAGGUCCAGGGAAAAAACUUAGCCUUCUUGGACAAACCUGUGCUGUUUGCCUGGAGGAGUUCCGAAGCAGAGAUGAACUCGGGGUUUGCCCCUGUUCACAUGCUUUUCACAAGAAGUGUCUUGUGAAGUGGCUGGAAAUUCGCAGUGUCUGCCCCAUGUGCAACAAGCCCAUCUGCAGGCUCCAGCCAGACCCUCCACAGGGAGCCGAGGGGCCCCAAAACCCCCUGGAGGUGUGAGAAGAGGCCACAUUGCUGGUCAGAGAUAGGCAGGCUCUCCGUGUGCAUCUCACACACCAAAGAAAAAAAAAACACCACACCACUGGAGAGGGAGGAUUAUUCCUGAAAAAAGGCCCCUCUUCACCAAUCACCAGAUUUCUCCUGCAUAGAUGGGGCGAGGGAGGGGGGUGGGGGUUUCCCAGUGGAACUGAGCUGAUGUGCCAUGUUCCUGGUCAUAAUGUAGCAUGCAGUGGGAUAAAUUGUGCCUUGGACUCAACAAACAGGAGAAGAGAUUUUGAAUUUGAAAGAUAUUCAGAAUAUUCAGAUUCAGUUGAGGCCCGGAGAGUUCCACAAAAAGGAUGGCCUGAGUAGACACUGUUCAAUAUGUACGCAUAUAGCUUCCAUUUAAGAAUGACAGAGGUCACUAUAACUUCAAUAUUAAAGAGACCUCAUAUGUGAAGUUUAGGAAUGCCCAUUUACAGAAUUCAAAGCACUGGCCCAAGCCCUGAACUUUAGGAUCUGGGAUAUCAUAUAUUUUUACUCUUGCCAACAUUUUAACAUUUGAUCUUAAAAAUUCAUUUGUUAUGAGUUACCGGGAGCGUUCUGAGAGCUCAUGUCCUUGUUGAGAACCCACGCUGCCAUCCAGAACCAUAGGACCAUAAGAUUUGUAUGAAAUGAGAAUUUGGUUAUUAAGUCAGUUAUUUAAGGUAGUUGUUUUGUACUAUAUGUGGCUCUCAAUAAAAUGUAAUGUUUCUGUGAUAAAA